CAGGCUAUAAAGGCUGAGAUACUUUUGCUACAGGGAUAACCUAUUGUGUCAGCAUGCUUUUCUCAUUUAUGAUAACAUUAAAUAAUGAAUUAGGCAUAUAUUUUAAUUUAUAGAUAGCCUAACAAUUUAAGCGCGCGCAGAAGCCUAACAUGGCAGUGUCAGCGCUAACUGGAUUCUCCGUGGUCAGUCUGCUCAGUCUCGGCUACCUGUCAUGGGACUUAAUGAGUCCGGUUCCGAACCAGAUGGAGAACGAGUCCGUUAAAAACUUUCGGGAUCGGUCGCCGGUUGGCUCACCACAUCCACCACACAUAAUCUUCAUCAUGACGGACGACCAGGGAUUCAACGACAUAGGUUACCACGGCUCCGACAUCCAGACACCGACGUUGGACAAACUGGCCGCGGACGGAGUGAAACUGGAGAACUAUUACAUCCAGCCAAUAUGCACUCCAUCUCGCAGUCAGCUGAUUACCGGCCGGUACCAGAUCCACACUGGUCUCCAGCACUCCAUCAUUCGACCCCGUCAGCCCAACUGCCUCCCUUUGGACCAGGUAACCCUGCCCCAGAGACUGCAGGAGGUCGGCUACUCCACCCACAUGGUGGGCAAGUGGCACCUGGGAUUCUACAAGAAGGAGUGCCUGCCCACCCGCCGAGGCUUCCACACCUACUUUGGUUCUCUGACGGGCAGCGUGGACUACUACACCUACAAGACGUGUGACGGACCAGGCAUGUGCGGCUUCGACCUCCAUGAGGGGGAGUCGGUGGCGUGGGGUCAGGGGGGGAAGUACUCCACCCAUCUGUAUACGCAGAGGGUGAGGAAGAUCCUGGCGUCCCACGACCCCCUGGCCCAGCCUCUGUUUAUAUACCUCUCCUUCCAGGCGGUGCACACCCCUCUCCAGUCCCCGCGGGAGUACAUCUACCCGUACCGCGGCCUGGGCAACGUGGCCAGGAGGAAGUACGCAGCCAUGGUGUCAGCGGUGGACGAGGCGGUGAAGAAUGUGACCUACGCCCUCCGCAAAUACGGCUACUACCGGAACAGCGUCAUCAUCUUCUCCACUGACAACGGAGGCCAGCCCAUCUCCGGGGGCAACAACUGGCCCCUCAGGGGGCGGAAGGGAACCUACUGGGAGGGUGGUGUGAGGGGGUUGGGCUUCGUCCACAGCCCUCUGCUGAGGCGCAAGAGGAGGGUGAGUAAGGCCCUGGUGCACAUCACUGACUGGUACCCCACGCUGGUGGGGCUGGCGGGGGGGAACGCGUCCCUGAGCGAAGGACUGGAUGGCUAUGACGUAUGGGGCGCCAUCAGCGAGGGGAAGGAGUCCCCCCGGCUGGAGAUCCUCCACAACAUCGACCCCCUCUACAACCCGGCCCGGAGCGGCUCCCUGCAGAGCGGGUAUGGCAUCUGGAACACAGCCGUCCAGGCUUCCAUCCGUGCCGGGGACUGGAAGCUCCUGACCGGAGACCCCGGAUAUGGGGACUGGACUCCGCCACAGGUGCUUCCAGGUUUUCCCGGCAGCUGGUGGAAUCUGGAACGCCAGCUGGAACCCCACAAGUCUGUGUGGCUCUUCAACAUCAGCAGAGACCCCUAUGAACGCUACGACCUGGCAGAGCAGCGGCCGGAUGUUGUCAAGGAACUGCUGGCCCGGUUGGUGUCCUACAACCGGACCUCCAUCCCUGUGCGCUACCCUUCGGAGGACCCCCGGGGCAACCCGGGUCUGAAUGGGGGGGCGUGGGGCCCCUGGGUGGGGGAUGAUGAGGAGGAACGCUGGGACGGUUUGUAUCACAAAAAGAGAAAGGAUGUGAAGAAGAUUUACAAACUGUCCAAGACCAAGUCCUUUUUCAGGAGACUUAACACUAAGAUGAUGUCCAACCAGAUAUAGGUCCAAGAUGAUGUCCAACCAGAUAUAGGUCCAAGAUGAUGUCCAACCAGAUAUAGGUCCAAGAUGAUAUCUUCAUAUGUUGCCCUUGGGUUGGUGGGAGACUGUUAACCAAUGCCUUCUUUACACCCCACAAGCUGUAUGCCGUACAUUGAGGUCAUUUUGCAGAUAUUGUUAUCUAGACCACCUUACAGAGGUGAGUGCAUAAAUUUUUAUAGGUUUUGUACUGGACAUUCAUGCAUCGAAACCCACAACCCUGGCAUUACAAACACCAAUCACUACCAGAGCUACACAGGACCACAGGUGAUCCUUCUCAAAGUGUGUCUGAUUUGUGUUUAGAAUGAGGUCGACUGUGGAACCCUGUUCAGUUCUUGAAUUGAGUCCGACGACACACGCUUCACAAGUCUGUGACAGUGACUCUCGUCGUAUGUAUUGAAUGUUUCUGCUGAUAGAACGAGGCCUCGGUACAACAUAGGAACGAAUUACUUCGUUAUCCAUUAUAUUGUAGGCAGAUCUCAUUCAAACAAAUAUGUCAGAUAUCUGAUAUAUGUUUCUGUUGGAGAAUAUCUGAGUGAGCACAUUGUAUAAAAGAAAUGUGAAAACUGUCUUUCUGAAAUUACAUUUGUGGCAUUAGGUUCUCUGCCUUAAUCAGUUGCUAAAUUCCAAAGCAACUCGCUAGCCUUCAAUAUGUACAUUAAUGUGUGCAUUUGCAAUUUGCAGCUAGUGUCCCGAACAUCUAGGAGCCUCUACCUGAUUCUGAGACUUAAUGUGUAAAAUAUGAAAUGCAUUCUGAAUUCAGUGUUUACAUUUUUCAAAUGACAGUAGGUUGUUUGUUGAUUUGAAUAUCAGGCUUGUUUUUAAACAGUGGAACAUGAAUUGCCUUCUUAAUGUCUCGAAUUUCAUGGUUUCAUAGAUCUUAACAUUCUCAUGAAGUCACCUUCUGAGUUUUGUCAGGUGAUUAUGAAGGGCACUUAGAGCAAGUUGGUAAGAGUGAGAGGCUGGUGGCCCCUGGUGGCUGUGGGGACCAGACUCAUCUGUGUGAUGACUGAGGAAAUAUUGCCCUCUGGUGGAAGGCAGGAGUAGCUCAGGUUUUAAGCCCCUAUAAGAUUAUUGUGGCAUUAACUUGCGUUGACAGAAAGAUUCUACCAACUUGCU